AUGGCAUGUGGCAGGCGGGUCAGCAGCAUUAAAACUAAUAACAUCUGGCCAGCAGAUGCAGAAUGCACCAAAGUGUCCGCCGGAGAAAUAACAUCAAGUAUGAUCUCUGUUCAUCGAUGCAACAACAUCAUCAUCAACGUCAACAACAACAACAUCAACGUCAACAACAACAACAUCAACAACAACAAAAUAAACAUCAUCAACAACACCAUAUACAGCACCAAUAAUCCCCACAACCACAACAACUCCAUCUACAACAAUUCCAUCCACAACAACAAUACCCUCAACUACAACAUCCACAACAUCUACAAAGACACCGAGCACAUCACCAUCAUAUCGAAGAACAUGACAACCGAAUUCACACACAACAAAUUUUUUAUAAUCAAGAACAACCAGAAACCCAACAACAAAAACAACAACAACAACAUCAGCAGCAGCAGCAACAACAACUGCACAGACAAUGUACACAUAAAAUUGAGCAGCAACGCUGUGAUGCAGUAUAUAAUUAAAAAAAUGAAGAUGAACGCAAUAAGGAAGAUCUUUUCAGAGAAACCGGAAGCAAAUGAGGCAUCUUCUUUGGCCUUACACACUCCUUCCUUCGCGUUUUCAAUUGAACCUUUCUGUCAGGAUCAACAUUACCAAGUGAAUCAAGCUGGGUUGCAACAGCAACUGCAACCGCAACAUCUGCAACUACAACAACAACUGCAGCCACAGCUCUUUUGUUGUCGUCAUCAAUUUGUACAACUACAAAAAGAACAUCAGCAACAUUGUCUACAACAUCAACAACAACCUAUUGAGAACUUUUAUAACGGGCAAUGUAUUUUGCAUCGAUGUUUGAAACAAGAAUCUCAACACCAACCGUCGCGAGUCCGUUUUGAGCAACCACUUCAACAGCAACAAAACUUGCAAGAAAUUAGUUUCCAUGAGCCGCAAGUUCAACAAAGAUCUGAAGAAAAAUUAAACGUAAAAGAAAUUCCCGACGAUGUUUCUGUUUGUAAACAUUGCAACAAAAUUCAAAACCAUUCGUUGACCUGCACACAACACCAUCAAGAAAUAAAUCAACAAAAGCCCCAUUUAACACCUAGAGACGAUGUUCAACAUCAUCAAAAACAAAAAGAUGCCAAAAAUCUGCAACAACACAAACAAAUUUGUUUUAAACAACAACAACUGCAACAACAUAGGCAACAACCACAACAACGGCUAUUUAACACUAGCUCGCAUCUACAAAUGCAACUGGACCUUUUACAACAGCAACAACAACAUCAGCAACCUCAACUAAAACAACAACAAAACAUCUACAACCAUUUUUGCCAUGACUGCUUUCUUAUCAAACAGCAGCAACUACAACACAUGGAGCACGUCAGUACACAUGCAGUGAACAACGGGGACAUUGACUUCACGGAUUUCAAAGACAUCCGAAAAAAUGAUUUCGACAACGACGAUAAUGACGUCGCUAAAGAUAAUGACGUCACUCAAGAUAAUGACGUCGCUAAAGAUAAUGACGUCACUCAAGAUAAUGACGUCGCUAAAGAUAAUGACGUCACUCAAGAUAAUGACGAAAAGAGUAGAAGCAGCAGCAGCAACGAUAGCAGCGACAUUUUAUUUCAGCUGCGAUACUAA